AUCAAAAUGGAUAUCUAGAACAGGCCCGCAGAUGUGAACAGCUCUAUGUGGAGCAAUGAUACCCGAGUCAGAGAGGAUUAACUGUUGAGGACGCUUCUAACAGCCUGAGUGCCAGUAUCUUGAAGGAUUAGGUCGAGCAGAUAAUCAGCUACUGUCCCUGUCUGUAUUCACGUUCAUAGCGCGAGCUCGCUACGCGAGCAACAAGCCUGUCCCGCGAAGCUUGGAUUGGAUCGAAGGACACCACACACUGUAGGGUACUGGUAUACAAGCAUGCUGGAUUUUUUCCCUCACUAUACACGUGGAAGGACCUAUAAUAAUCUAGACCUUUGGCACUGAAGACGUCAAGAGUGUUUAGGAUCACGAGGAAUUGAUGCUGGAGAAUAGUGGAUGUAUUCAGAGGUGGCAAUUCCGAUAUAUGUGAUCAUCGCUGGAUCAUCAGGGAACGGUCAAAUGCGAGUUGGCAAUAGACCACCUUUUCAUUUACUGGAGUCGUGACUCUUGAGCCAGUUCUUGUACCUUGGAUCUAGCAUUGGAUGAGUUUCAUGUUGGCACAAUACUAGAGUGAAAUGAAUUCGGCGAACGUCAGUGUUCGAGAUUCAGGGGGUCGAAAGAAGUCAAAAGCGGCUUUAGAUUUGGAGGUUUGUUGACAAACUCGAAUUUUCAAAACAAUUCUUCAUUUUGAAACUUUUUGAAACUGGUAGUUUUGGGAUAGACUCUGCACAUUGUUAUAGACCUCUAGUAGUUGUUUGCUUUCCAUUUUACCAGUAGCACCUCGUUUUUUGUGAGGUUUAGAACACUUUUUGUGAGGUUUAGAACACUUCAUGGCAUGACAUUAUUGCAAUUUUUUUUCACGAACUUCAUUGUAUUUCAUUGAAUUCAGUAGCACAAGCUGAUAUAAAACCGUUUCGGCUCAGAACUACUCCGAACCCUGCCACGACCAGAUGUUAAAAACCCCAAAGGUUCGGUAAAUAAUGUAUGUGUUACAUUUAACAUCUAUUGAGAAGGAACGACCUUAAUUGCCGAUCAUACAUAUGCAUUAAUUGGACAAUUUGAUUGUGAAAAUCGUAACGCACGAGGACUCCUGCUUAUGUAAUACGGGCAUAGUACUAGAUGCCGAGGCACCACAUGUAGGAUUGGAUACGUUAACGGAUACAGCGACGGGAUUAUUGCUAGGUCUACACACACGUGGAUUUCUCCCCGUUAUAGAGUAUAAUAACAGGAUAAAGUGAAGAUAUUGUGACACCACCAUGAAUUCAGCAACCGUCAGUGUGAAACACACCGAAGGGAACAAGAAAAAACAUGCUGCGGUGGAUUUAGAGGAGUUGGUGGGAAAUGCAGCCUCACAGCGCAAUUGGCGUGGUAUUGCCAUCGCCCUUCUCGUCAUUGUCGUCGUCUGCUCUCUUAUCAUCACUGCUGUAGUCCUGCUGUCACCAAAUGACAAGGACGAGGCACUGGGCGAAAAGUUCACGUUAGAUGACUUCUUUGACCCAUCUUUCAAACCAAAAACCUUUACAGCACACUGGCAAAAUGGAGAGGACAAGUUUAUCUACAGGAAUGUGGAGGGAGCACUGGCUGAGUUUGACUGUGUCAAAAACUCCUCCAACCCGCUCAUGGACAACACUACAUUUAGGCAGCUGGAUACUGGGCAAUACUCCCUCUCUCCAGACAAGAAAUAUGUUCUAUUGAAAGCUGAUGUUGAACCUGUGUACCGCCACUCAACACUAGCCUCCUAUAGUGUGUAUGAUGUCAACACUCGAGACCUGCUGAAGCUCAAGGGCCCUGGCCCAGGCAGUAGGUACCAGUAUGUGGCGUGGGCUCCAAGAGGACAUAGCCUGCUGAUGAUCCUGGAAAACAACAUCUACUACAAGUCAGAUAUUGAAACAAGCCCUAUACCCCUGGUGGAUGAUGGGAUCCCAGGCCUCAUCUACAAUGGUGUUCCGGACUGGGUGUAUGAAGAGGAAAUCCUCGGUGCUGAUAACGCCGUCUGGUGGUCAGCUAAUGGCACCUACCUCUGUUAUGCUGUCUUCAAUGACACCGAAGUCCCGAAUUACUACUUCCCCAUCUACGGUGACAUGAACAGCGCCUAUGGCGAGUCCAGGACAAUUGCAUAUCCAAAGCCUGGGUUCCCAAAUCCCACAUUCAAGCUCAAGAUUAUAAACAUCGAGACGAAAACAAUCAAGACAAUCCAGCCACCUCCGGAUUUCAGAAACAUAGAGUACUACUUCACUACUGUGACCUGGAAGGAUGACGACACUCUGCUGGUGAGCUGGAUGAACCGUCCCCAGAACUUCUCCAUCAUCACCAAGUGCAGUGCAAAGGACGCUCAGUGUCAAGAGAGCCUGAGAGAAGAGGGACACGGGGGAUGGCUUGAUCUGUACACUCCUCCAGUGUUCUCCUCCGACGGGUCUCGGUAUUUCUGGGUGCUGCAGCAGCGAGACCAGGAUGCUGGCUACUUCAAACAUGUCGCCAUGGUGGAGUUCAGGGGAGGUAACGCUGGAGACAGCAAGAUAUUCUUGACUCUGGACCAGUCAGAGGUCACCAAGAUCCUCAGCUAUGACAACGAGCAGAAACUGGUAUACUUCCUAGGAAAUGGAGGGGACCCCAAGAAGAAGCAUGUGUACAGUGUUGACCAUGAUCGUAAGGUGAACUGCAUCACAUGUGAUAUCAGUGACAAGUGCCAGUACGUGAGUGCAAGUUUCAGUGGAUCAUCUCGCUACUUCAUCCUGGAGUGUCUAGGGCCAGGAGUGCCGUAUUACUCCCUGUACGACACCAGCACCAUGGAAGAGAUUGCACGUAUGGAGAACAACACUGUCCUUGGAGAAAGACUGUCCAAAAAGGCCCUGCCACAGCAAGAAGAUAUCUUUAUUGAAAUUGAGAAUGGCCAGAAGAUUUGGGGGAAGAUGUUGCUACCACCGAAAAUGAAAGUGGAGGAUAUUACAACAUACCCCCUCAUCCUCAAUGUCUAUGGAGGCCCUGGCACACAGAAGGUGACAGAUGAGUUCUCCAUUGGUUGGGAGACGUAUCUGACCAGCUCAAAGAACUACAUCUAUGCAUAUGCCGACGGGCGUGGUUCAGGGGGCCGUGGUCAGACCUUCCUGCAACAGAUAUACAAGCGCCUCGGGACAGUCGAAGUAGAGGAUGCUAUCAAGGCAGGAGAACAUUAUUCUAAGCUGCACUACGUGGACUCCGAGAAGAUGGCGAUAUGGGGAUGGUCCUAUGGAGGGUUCCUGACAUUGUCAGCACUGGGCAGAGGGACAGAUACCUUCCCAUGUGGCAUUGCUGUGGCCCCAGUCACCGACUGGAUAUACUAUGACUCGGUGUACACAGAGAGGUACAUGGGCACACCAAACCCAAGUGAUAACCGCCAGGCGUACAGGGAUGCCAAUGUAUCCCAUUAUGCAGAGAGGAUGAAGAAAACCAAGUUCAUGCUGGUUCAUGGCACUGGCGAUGACAAUGUCCACUUCCAGCACUCUGCUCAGCUCAUGAAGGCUUUGACAGAAGCUAAUGUAUAUUUCAGGUUACAGGUGUAUACUGACAAACAUCAUGGUUUGUUAGGCGGAAACACACGACGCCAUCUAUACGAAACCCUGGAGGAUUUCCUAGUUGAAUGCUUUGAUGGCCGAUCACUUAAAUUUGGUAAACCUCCAAAAUUGGAUGAUACUGAAAAGGAAGAAAGUAGAUGAAAAGAAUGAAAUUAUAGAAAACUAGGCAUUUUAUAUUGAAGAAUCCCACCUACAGGUGACACAGAAACAAUAUAUGGCCACAUUAAGGGAGGUAACUCCAGAAAACAACCUGUUUCCUGCAAGGGAGAUAAUCAUGUAACGAAUGCUGUUUCAAUGAUGUUUGAACAGUUGGUGUGGCCAAUUUAACUAUUUUACCACCAAAUCUGAUGUGUAAAUCCUUUACUGAGAGACACAAGUGUAUUUUUACCUAACAAAGAUCAGCGUUAUCGCCAUGGUUACCUGCAUCAAGAUGACUAGCUUGCAGUACCAUUUACUUAAAAACUCCCAUUUUUAAACUUGAAGUAUUCAUUGUUUUCAUGGAUUGUUUUAUUUGGAAUAUGAUUACCAUGACUGAUAUUUGAAAAACUGUAAUUUGAUAUGGUUAUUUCCCUACAUUCCCAGUGACUAUGUUUAGUUGUUUAAAAUUUCCAACUUGAUUGAAACAUGUUCAGCUCUGAAAGGUAUAACUGCUUCAAACCUGAAAGAAAGGACUGCUAACCCAAUGGGAGAAUAUAAGCUGCAUCGUGUUUGUGGAUUUACCAACGGUAUUGUGUGUGUACCAGCUAAUUUGAUCAUUCUGGUCGAGUAAGGUUCUGUUCGUAGAGGAGCUUCCAUACCUGUGAUUGCCAAAUCCUUCAUAUACAACUUGAAACAUUUGUCAUUCUCCAUUUCACCUAUGCAGUUAACAUGCCUCUCAUCCCAUUACAAGAUGAUGUCCAUCAGCUAAUCUAAUCUCAAUUUCUGCAGCUGAUAUGGAAGUUCCUUUAUGAUAAGCAAGACCUCAUGUCCAAGCAAGAAACAUACAUUCCAGAAAUGUAUGCCUCUUGCUGCCAUGUUGUCACAAGAAUCUGUGUCAGUCUUUAUUCCUCCCUAAGCUUCAAUGUAGUGAUUGCAUCUGACUGUGUUUUACAUAUAAUUUGCACAUGAAUUCUAUUCAUCAAUUUAUGUCAGUAUUUUCGACCUCGUUUACAAACUAUUAAAUGCUAUUAAAUACAUUUUUGAUAUACUAUAAAUUGAAAUAUUGGAAACCAUGUUGUACAAGAGUCCCUUAUGUGAAUCAGUUACUGAUUCUAUAAUGUUUACAUCCUCGAAUAUCUCCAGCCUCACAGUAUGCUGGUCAUACCUUGAGCUUAAUGGCAGGUACAAUUUAAAAGCAUGCUUUGACAUUUGUCUACUUCUCUAAACUUCUCUUCACAUGGUUUCAUGGGUAUGUUUUUUGUCACAUGCAAUUGUGAAUCACUAGAUUCCCGAAUCUGUAAGCGUUUUACUUCUUUCGCAUUUUCAUGAGUGCUAUUUUCAGACUUGAAUACCAGCCUUUGUCAUUCUCGAGUGACUGCUUAUCACAUGCGUGACGUCACUUUCAUUUAUUCGUCAUCCGUCUUACUUACGGAGAUAUUUUGUUAGUUGAGGUUUGUGGGCAUAACUUUAACAUGGUUCAUUAAAUGGCUUCCCUGUGAAACACUUAUUAGUGUGUAUUCAGAAAAUUCAGAAACCAAAUUUUAAUGACUUUCAUAAAUGUCAUUAAAUUUGGUUUCUUUUGAUGUGACUAUUAUAUUCCUCCUCACGUUUCUAUUUCUAAGGGAAACAUAUCUUUUAAGUGUGAAAGGUGAAGGGUUAAUGUUAGAAAAAUAGAUUCCAUCAGUUCAAGGUCACUACAACAUGAUGUAAUAUUCUAGCAUUAACCCUUCCCAGGUUAAAGAAACUGUGCUACUAUGUAAUUAAUUUGGUGCCAAGUUUAGGCGCCAAAGGAGUGAAUGUUAAUGGAUUUCAAAAUGUCCUUUUGUGAACUUCAACUCAGGGCUGCAUUUCCUGUUUGGUCCAAACCCUAACCUAGAUAGCCAAUUCCUUGUUGAUUCCUGUAAGUCAUAUCACACAGGUGGCAGACUGUGUUGGCAACAUCUGCCUUGGGUGGAAUAACUGCUUAUAUCAACCAAGUGCCACUUUUUUCCAUGACUUUUCCAGAACAAGUAUCGUAUAGUUUUCAGAUUAGUUUGAAAUAUUAAGCUUUCACAAAAUGUUCAGAAAAAUUCAAGAUAUUUGAAAAUGUAUCUACCAUAUAAUCAUCCAAUAAAAAAAUGUCCAUUUAUUUUUAGUAUCUGAACAAAAUUCUUGUACAUUCAGGACUAGGGGUAUUUUUACAAGUGAGUUGAAACAAGGAACAUUUCAUUUACUGCAUAACAGAAUUAUUUGUAUUGAUGUAGGGAAAGGAUAGAAUUUGCAGCCAUUAUGAAUGAGUAAAAUUUGUAAAAAAAAUCUGGUUAGGGAUGGAAAAGUGGCACAAUGUUUUUAUAUAUCUCUGUGCUCCUUCAUUUAUUUUAUGAAAGAAAAUAUGCAAUUGUGUUAAAAUGGUAUAUGUUAAAAAAGAUGAUACCCACAGUUAAAUAAGUUUUUGUUAUGUUUAUAAUUCUGGUUCGCCUAGCAAGAGAGUAGCUUGUGUUGUACAACCAUAGGGGAGGCAUGUUGCCACAGACCUAAAGCUAUUUGUAUCCAUGCUGUUUAAAUGCUGUUAAAGAACAGUACAGAUUUUGCGCUUUCUUUCAAAUGUUGUCAAGUUGUUAUUAUUAAGGUUAUAACGAAUAUUGCAUCUUGUAAAUAUUCCUGUUGACAUGCCUAAGUCUUUGCUUGGAAAAUAGUGAGUAAAAUGCUCAAAUUUUUGCAUUAACUAAAAAGAAAUAUUUUUUUAGGAUGAGAGUUUGUGUUAUUGUCAAUAUCAUUUCUGGUGAUAUUUGUGUCAAUUUUCCUUGGAAGGUUGUGAAUGUAAGGUUCCUCCAUCACAUACCUGUACCUAUCCCCGUGGCUUGUGAAGCCAGUGUUGUUCUAUAGUAGUUGAUGCUUAGCUGCAGGUCAAUAUGUCCACAUUAUUGCUAUUUCUCACCAAUUGUUACAUUUUGAUACAAGUGUUCUUUCUACGCUUUUAGUAUUUCACGGUUUGUCACAAUUCUGAUCCCAUUGUCAAUAGUAUCAUGUAUAUUAGCCAUACUAUGGAGAGGUUUAGUAGCUUUUUUAGCAUAUCCCAAUUUCAAUCUCACUGAAAUCAGAUCUUUUACACCAAGAUGAUACAAUAGGAGGUUGAGUUAGGUGAACUUUUCUAUUCACUGGGGCUUGCUUUGUGGGGCAAGGAGAUAGCCUGGUGGUUGACGUGUCCACUCAGAUUUUGAUACAUAGGUACAAUCUGUUAAGCCGUUCUUGGUGUCCCCAGUUGUGAUAUUGCUUGAAUAUUGCUAAAAGCAGCGUUAACCCCAACUCACUCAAAAUACUUUCAGUGAGCAGCCAGUAUAUUUGAUUUCAGUGUGUUAAAACGAACAGCUUUGAAUGAAGAUACCUAAUUCUGCACCAUUUUGUUUAGGAUAUUUUAUCGCCGGGUCUGUUCUAGGAGCCACCCAAUAAGGAGUACCGGUACCAUUAAAGGAAAAUAUUUCUUUUCAGUUUGGGAUUUCUUUCUUUUUUAGUCAAAAUUUCAGAAUGAAUUAAAUUAAAGAAAUGAAGUCAAAUCCCGUCAGAAAGCUGAUAUCUGAUUGGCUCAAAAUUCCAUGCAUUAUUCAUUUGAUCGGGUAUUUGUGUUCGUUCAAGAGUUCACCUAUCUGGACCUCCUGUACAAGUGUCAGAGAGAUUGUUAAACGAUAUAUCCCUGUUAGUUUUCUUUCAUAGUUUCAAGAAUAUUCCUCUUCAUCAUAACCAGAAUAUUACAUAUUUUUCAUAUUUCUUAAUGUAUGGACACUGUAACCAAGAAUUGGCUCAAUAUCAACCAGUAUGAAUUUUGAUGAAUUUGUUUAGAUCAUUAUGAUACUUAAAUACUGAAUUUUUAAGAUGAUGCUUAGUUUCUUAGAUCAGCAUUAAUGUGAUAUUAGAGAAGUCGAUAUGCUCACUCUUGGAAGGAGUGGGGUUUGUAUAUAUUGUUGAAAUACGGAUGUUUUAUUUCAGUAUAUUUAAAUAUCUUUUUCAUCAAGUUUAUCAGUUACUUUACAAGUGAUAUCAUGUCAGUCUACACAUUUUAACUGUUGCCUUUGUCUUCCAAGAAUAUGGAAUAAGGUGAAAUUGGUUCCUUGGCUGAAACAUAUCCACUUUGCCAGCACAUACUGGUAUCAUGGCAACAUUGUCUUAAUCUUAAUGAUUUCCAUAUUCAGUGUACUGUGCACUUGAUGCUCAAAAAAGUUUUAGGUGCCAGCAUACCAGCAUGGUGUACAUGGAAAACCAAAAAGUAUACUGUGGAGCAUAAUUAAAAUAUCUUUAUAAUUCAAACAACACAUUUUAAAUCUGCACCAUUUAUUUUAAAGGAACUUCACCGUUUCCAUUGUUAUAUCAUUGAGGAUUUCCUACCAUUUGAAUGGUUCCUUUUUUUCACAUUACAUUAAUGUGUGAAUUGGUUUUCUUCCUACAGUCAGUGAAGUGAUUUUUCACUGUGAUUUGACAUUUCUUUUAAGGCAUUUUUGUGAUUUAUUAAAUUAAUAAUCUUAAUAAAUUUUAGAUUUUAAAGUUGUGUUUUUCUUCAUUGUUGUUGUAGUAGUAUUCAAGAGAAAAAGAUUUAAAGUAUUUAUUUCAGUCUUACAGGAUUCACUGUAUCCUUUUGAUAGGCCUUUUAAGCAUCUUGGCUUUGUCUUGUUUUAGAACUCAUGUUAUCUCAAUGUACAUAUGUCUUCUACGGAGAGCUUUGAUUCACAGUUUUACAUAUUUUCCCAGUUGUAAAUAAACACAUUAAACACAAA